CAAGAUGGCGACUUGGCAACAGGACGCACAAAGUCAUGAAAUUUGACAACACCAUGAUUUUGUUUUAAUUGAAGUAACUCAACCAGAAACAUGGCUGCAGAAGUUGGCAGCAUGAGUCAACUCCCAGAUAUCAUCGAAGGGAAGGGCUUGCUGUCUCCGAGGAAUUCAACGUCUUCACUCACCAAGCCAAGCAGACCGCCAUCAUGUCAAGAACAGGCUGCGCUGUGGGCAAUCGAAAUCCGCCAGGUCCUCGAUGAUCAGAUGCGAGUCUCAUUGAUGGAGGUGUUGGAUGAAGACGUUGAGAGACUGAAACAGGAAUUGGUUGCCCUUUUUAUUGUGGCUCUACAACAGGAUAGUCGACCGUCUUGGCAACUCUUGAGAGAGGUGAUCAAUAUCUUAAUACCAUACAGAGAAUUAUUACAAGGCAAACCUGAUAUGUGUCACUAUUUGGAACGAGUCAUCCACCACAUCAACGUCCACCAUGACAGAUUAAAAGACAUCCGCAUUGUCGACGCUAUGAAGAAGGUAUUCCCGCAGGAGGUGAAGAAGAUUACACAAUUAGGGAAAGGUCCCGCAAGGAAUUACACUGCACCACUUCAGCCACGCCACAGUACCCAGUUACCCACCGAGAAGUCAACCAUAGGGGUCAGGACACCCAGGAUUAUGUACCCUGAGGGGCAGGACCCAUUCAGAAUGGAAUUGCCACUCAAUGAGUCAAAAAUCAAGCCAAAAGCCCUGACGUUCAGAGACCUGAGAGCCUCACUACCUGCUGUGGCAAAGGAAACUGCCAACCGUGAGUCGAUCUGGGGACACAGUCUUGGUCUGACCGCCCAGGCGCUGAGCACAGACCUCCUGGAGGAAAUGAUCAGGCAGGGAGAGAGCAGACGAACAAGAAAAUCAGACGCGAUGUCGGUGAUCUCUGAGGAAAAGCUUGGAGAGGAGGUGGCUGAGAGUGAAGCACCACAAGAGGUGCACCACACUCGUUCAAUGACAGGACGAGAAGCUGUUGAAUACUUCACGAGAUGCUACCACACUGGCAAGAUUCGAUUCAUGUACUUCAACAUCGCCCCGAACCGACACUACUGCCCCUAUGACCUUUGCUCAACUCAAAAACACAAGGCCAAACCGGAACAUUAUGUCUUCUCAACUUUCGGCGUGUUGCAUGUGCACCCAGAUACCCAAUCUGAGAGUAUGUCGUUGACAGACUGGCAGAGGGAGGCUGUGCUAUGGGAGGCAACGUCUAAUGUUCCUUUCUUUAAGGACUAUCUGAAGAUGAAGAUGUUUAGAAGGUGGAAAGAGAACAUUGACUACAAACGAUUCCUGAAGACAGUUGAUAAUCUGUCUGUGCAGCUUCUGGCCAGCGUACCGCUCUUUGGAGUCGGUCUCAUCCAGUUGUCAAGAAUUCUCCAAGAGCUACUGACACUGAAAUUCCUGCCAAUAGAAACCACCAAAAUGUACGAAUUAGGAGACUUUGAGAACAUUGUGACGUACAAGACAAAUCAGGCUGAGAAAGUCCUGGAAAAGUUCUAUCGAUAUUCCCGUCUUAUCCUUGAUACCACUGUUGCUGAGUGCCAUAAGAAGCUGAGGUAUUGUGAAGCCCAGGUGCAACACAAAACUGUCUUCUCGAAAGAUUCCCUCCAUAUCCAAAGGGUAAAGAAGGAACAGCGAGAGGAUAAUCUAAAGAAAGCUAAGGAAGAAAUGGCCCGUCUCCCAGACAUGAUGAAACUCGUCCACCAGAUUGUCCUAUCUCAUCUCGUCCAGAUUGCCCGCUCGAAUACGGAGUUGUUUGUCGGGGACGUCAUGAGGAUUGGACAGGUGGCACAGCGUGAGGGAUUGUUCAAGGUUCAUCUCGUCUUCAAUGAAAUGAAUUCCCUAACCAUCAAUCCAGACAAGGGCAAAUUCUCGCGCUCCUUGUCAAAGGCUUUGGAGGAGAUUCCGAUGAUUCUGUGUGAGGCUGCCGAGGUCAUCACGGACGAAAAUCGCCAAGACGUUGGCCGAAAGUCUCGAUCCUUGCUGUCGACUCCCUCCACAAAGAAGGAAGACCUCGGUCCUCUUAGUGACACGACCAGACGGACAGCCCUUGUACCACAGGAGGAGGAACGAUCACAGGAGAUGUGGGACAGCAUGACGGAAGGUGAUGCUGACUUUGAUACGGAGUCGGGUUGGAAUACACCAAGUGAUGUCAGGCUUGAGACUCCAAAAUUCGAUGAUGUCUACGACCGAGGUAGCCAAGAUGGCGAGUUUGGCAUAGCGACGCCGGACCUCGUCAUAAGAUAUGAGCCUAACGAUUCUGAACGCUCUGACCAAGUCAACCUGACCACUUUGAUUCAACCUCUGUCCCAGGAGAACCUUGAGGAAAAGCUCAAGUUAGACAAAGACUACAAGAAGGCCCUGAAGAUCCAAGAGGAACUGAUGCAUGAGUCCCUGCUCGAGAUCGACCAGUACUGUGAAGACAACGGCUGGCUAAUCGAGAUAUACCAGUUCUGUAGUCAGUGGUCCGACAAGACUGUGGUUGAGUAUAGGAAUGUCGCAGCCUUCAAUAUCGAGCAAAAACUGACGGAGAUCCGCCAGUGGAUUGAGCGUGUUCGGAACUUUGAUCUCAACUUUAAGACAACCAAUGGUAUCUUCUUUGUUAACUGCUGCGGCGUCCAUGAUCUUCUUGUGCCUAAGUUGAAUCACAUUUACAAGGAGAUGGUGACUUUCAUUGCACGGGAGGCACGGAAACUCGCUCAGGGAUUUGUGGACGAGAUGAACAGUAUCAUAAAGAAUCUGCAGAAUAAAGACACAGCCCUUGACAAGUUCGCUAAAUACUCCAAGAAUGUUCACGAGUACAAGAAAAACAUGAUCUCUUACCAGCAGAGGAGCGAUUACAUCAAGUCAUUAUUCGAGGUUAUCCGCAUGUGCUAUCGCCAGCUGAAGCCAGAGGAGGAGAAGUUAGAGGAACAGGUGCAGUCACGCUGGGAGGCCUUCCUCUUCCAUAUCCAGGACGCCAAUGAGUUCCUGAGCAUACAGACGCCUCUCGUCACGGCAAAACUUGAGGACACUUACAAGAAACGUGUUGACAAUCAGAUGAAGGGUAGACCCCCUGUCAUGACGGGGCUGCGUAGGUUUUCUGUGGUGGCGGAGGGCAUCAAGCAGAAUAUCCGCAACAAGAACGUGAUGUCAGAAAACACGCUUCCAGCAGUUGCAAAAACGGCAUUAGAAAUGAUGAAGAAUCCGAGUGAUGUCAUGAAACUUGAAGAGGAAGCCAAUCGUCUUUGCAUUGAAGCUACAACUGGGAAAUAUCUCGAUCCAAAAAGUGAAGCAUUGCCACUGCUCAAGAGACUAAAAGAGAUCCUACAAAGAUUCUACCGGGUAAAAAGUGAACUGUUGGACAUCGGCCAUUAUAAGGAGGACAUCACGGGAGAAUCGUACGACACUAGCUACCUCCGGGAGCUGCAGUCGAAGAUCGAGGUACGGAACGAGCUAUGGAAGUACCUGGAUGUCAGCGUCAACGCCAUCAAGGACUGGAAGAAGGUCCUUUUCAAAAAGAUGCAUGUGAAGAAGGUCUUUGAGAAGAUCAACGAAUGGCAAGCGGCAGCCGUCCAGAUUAAACGACACAUUCCAGUGGAUGAUGCCGUCUUGAAGUUUUUCUAUCGUCACCUGCAAGACUUCAAACAUGAACUGCCGUUGUUGUAUAAACUCUCCAGUGAUGCAUUGAAGGAAAGACACUGGAAGACCAUCUUCAUUGGUAUGGGAGAGCAGUAUGACCCGCACUGGAAGUUCACCGUGGAAGACCUCUUGUCCUACAACCUCGGCCAGCAUAGCCUCCUCAUCAACACCGUCUACCAAGGCGCGGUGGCCGAGUAUGAUCUGGAACAGAAACUGAAUCGCGUCAAGAAGUAUUGGGAAGAGAAGCAGUUUAAACUUGCCAAACAUAUACCGGAUAGUGUCUAUGCUCAAGAAAAGAAAACUGAUUCUCUAAUAUCGCCUCGCAAGUUAACCAGAGUUGAGAAGUUCCGCCAGGAGAGGACGAAAUCUGCAGAGAGCGGUGGCCUCGAUUUGAAACGUGACGACUUGUAUACAUUGAUAGAGAUCGAAGAACUUAAGUAUAUGCUGGAGGAUAGUUCUGUGACUCUCCAGUCCAUGCUAGUCUCGCCGUUUCUGGCGGAGCUGCGUCCAGAAGCGGAGCGAUGGGAUUUCAUCGUUCAUGAACUAGAGGAGAUCAUCGACUCAUGGCACACAUGUCAGAAGAAGUGGUUGUACCUUCUGAAGGUAUUUGAAGAUGCAGACGUCUUUGAGAUGUUUGGUAAACACAGCAAGAAGUUCAAGGCUGUCAAUAAGAAAUUCAAGGAUUUCAUGAGUGCUGUAGCAGACGAUCCAAGAGUCCUGUCGGUCGUCACAAAACGUCGCGGCGAGAAAGGUUUCAAGCUCCUCUCUGGCGACGUCCUGAAAAAUAUGUUCAGUGACCUGAUACAAGACCAAGAAGAAGUCCUAAAACAUCUUGACAAAUUCCUUGACAAGGCUCGCAUGGGAUUCCCACGCUUGUAUUUCCUCAGCGACCAAGAGUUGGUCGAUUUGCUCGGGAUAUCGCGAAGUCCUCAAGCACUUGUGCCUUACGUCCAGAAGUGUUUCCCCGGGAUUGAAAACUUGACAUUUGCGCUGCCGGAGACCAUGGAAGGCAUGCACACUGCUUUGGAUUUUGCUUUGAAUGCACAUGUGAUGGAAGUGACAGCUUUGCACGGCAUCCUGGGAGAAACAGUCCCGCUGACAACGAGGAUUGAAGCGAUGACGAACGCUCCAAAAUGGCUGUCGAAACUGGAGCUGACUAUGAAGACCACCAUGUCUACAGUACUGCAAGCUUGCGUCCUGGCGAGGCUUGAUGAAGGUUCAGCUCAACCCCAAGUGCUACAGCUUCUGGAUGAGGUCGCACAGCUGGAGGAAAUGGGCAAUAGCCGCGACAUCACUUCAAUCAAAGAUGACAUCCGCCACACAUUUGAACACUGGUUGCUUCGGUUCCCCAGCCAGUCUGUCCUGGUUGCUGAGGGCGUUCUGUUUGAGCAGAAAGUCCAUCUAGCUCUUCAGCAGAAGAACAUAGAUGGUUUAGCAGAAAUAAGGGAGAACCUGCGUUCCAGAAUCGAGCAGUAUUCCCACAUUCUUCGAGAGAUCUGUGCCGACUAUCUCUAUUCGGAGACGAAGCAACGCUUGCAUGCGCUGGUUGGGAACCUGAUCAAUCAGACGAUGCACCAUAGGGAUAUCCUGGAAGCUCUUGUCAGCUGUCCGGAUAUCUCUGAGACGAUGUACGAUUGGUCAAAAGUUUUGAAGUACCACAUGGACAUGACAUCGAUAUUAAGAGCCAAGACAGAACUCUGUGACCCUGAUCGUAUUCCACCAAAGCAGUCGAGUUCGUUUGUAAGGUCAUCAGAAGGUGCCCGGGAUAAGAUCAAGGAGACAGGUCGGGAACUCACAACAACUGUCACCUCCACCUAUGACCUUGGGCAGUGUCUGAUGCACCAGCUUGGCUACGUCCAUCUCUAUGACCACGAAUACCUCGGCCUGAACCGGCAUCUCAUCUUCACGCCACUGACAGAGAGGGCGUAUCUUACGUUGAGUAUAGCUUUGAAGAACUUCAAUUGUGGGACGUUGAUGGGACCGGCUGCGACUGGAAAGUCGGAGACUAUCAGAGACCUGUCCCAGUCCCUGGGACGGCAUCUGGUCACUGUGAACUGCUGUGAGACAGUAUCCAUACCAACGAUCACACAGUAUCUGAAUGGUAUCAUCCAGGCUGGAAGCUGGGUUCUUUUUGAUGACUGUGAGAGACUAGACAAAGGUGUCAUGUCCGUGUUUGCCCAGCAUCUCGAUUACCUGAGAGCUGCCUAUAAGAUGAUGGACAAGGCGAAUGAUAGUCAAUACAAGGUCAGGGGCACUGCUAAGGCCGAUGUGAUGAAACCGCGUAUAAACCGGACAAGACGUCACUCCCUGACGACACUACACCCAAUGCCGGGCAAUGACAUGCCGAGUUUAGAAAGACAGGCAACUGUCCCCCAUGGAUUUAACGAACAAGGUCUUCAUACGUACUUUGAGGACACGUGGAUCAAGGAGCGCGAACGACGACAUUCGAUCGGUGCUGCCGACAAUCUGAAGGAGGCUGAGCUCUACCCGACUGCCAAACCUCCGUCCCUCUUCCAAGAGGUGAAGUUCGAAACAGCUGCCAAAAAAGUCGAGAAGAAGCGCAAUAAAGUGGACUUCAGACAGUUGGCAACACGCCCUGCGUACAAGCCAGCGUACUUCUCAAACCUUCUCUUCAACGGUAAACUCAUCAAGGCUCGAGCGAACUUUGGGUGUUUCAUGACCAUGAAUACACAGGGCACAGCAUAUACUCAGAUUCCUGAGUGUCUCAAGCUUCAGAUGAGAUCGUGCGCCCUUGUCUCACCAGAUGUCAAGGUCAUUCUAGAGAUGACACUAUUCUGCUGCGGAUUCUCGGAGUCCAAGAAACUCACUGAAAAACUUUUCCUACUCUGGGACAUGAUGCAGACACAGCUGUCCAAGAAGCCCCAAUACGCCCUGACCCUCCGCACAUUGAAGACCAUCCUAUCCUUGGCGGACAGAAAGUUACGUGCGAGGCGCCAUCUACAUGAAGCUAUUGCAGAUGCUCAGAGUAUCGGCCAUUCGUCGUUGGCAAAUAUGAUGGAAGAAAAUGAUGACAUGAUUGAAGAGGACACUUCAGAGUCACCACCACCCACAGUUCGACCAGCAUCUGCCUUCAGUUUCACGGACGAGACUGGUCGCGAGGAAUAUGCCCUCAUCUACGGCCUCAUGAACGCCCUCUCUCCAAAGAUGCAGAAUGAAAACGAUGCGCUCCAGAUGAAGAACCUGAUACGAGAUGUUUUCCCGCAGAGUACCCGGCCCAAGUCGGGUGUGAUGAGCUACGAUCCGGGCCUCGUCUCGGCAAUACAGGAACAGAUGGCACAGGACAACCUGCAGGCCACAACAGAACAUGUCAACAAGAUUCUGCAACUCUACUCAGCGAUCCAGAUGAAACAAGGAGUGAUUCUGAUUGGGCCUUGCGGUAGUGGUAAAACGACGUCGUACCAGACUCUAGCACGAGCGCUCAAUAACCUUCACUGUAAGAAACUUGAAAAGAAGGAACUGGAUGAACUGAAGGUUGAACAAGCAAUUUUCGAUUCGAGUCGCCAGAAAGUCAAGGUUCUACGGGAGUCUGUGCCGCGUGUUGAGAGUAAAAUCACCAAUAAGUGGAAACGGAUCAGCAGUGGACUCGGCGCAAUUAACUUCCUCUACAUGGGCCUACUCGAUGAGAAGGCCGAUGAUAUCUGCUAUCCCAAAGUUGACCUCUCGGUGCUGGCACCAAAUGUUUUCUCGACUGAAGAGCUUUUUGGCUUCUUCAAAGAUGGCAUCUGGCAGCAAGGUCUCCUGGCAAAACUGGUCAAGACUUCAGAAUUCCAAGUCAACUCUGCCAAAUUCGCGAUGGAGAACUUCGAUGAGAAGAAAAACAAAGCACAGGUGGAGCCACCAGACUACAUCAAGAAGUGGCUCGUAUUGGACGGCGGGAUCCAGUUACCGUGGGUGGAGUCUCUGAACACGUUGUUGGAUGACAGCAAGACAUUGUCCCUGGCAAAUAGGGAGACAUCUGCACUGAAGAUUCCAACAUCACUGUUAUUUGAGAUGAACGACCUGACAAAUGCCUCCCCUGCCAUGCUGACACGAUGUGCCCUCGUCAAUCUUGGUGACACCAAUGUCCACUGGAAGUCGCUAGUAGAGUCCUGGGGAGUCGGUGCCAAACAGAAAUGGCUCAUCAAUACUUCAAGCUUUCGAGUGAUACUCGAAAUGGCCAAGUACAUUUUCACGCUGACCUUGAAAUUCUUCGCAGAGAAUUGUUCCUACAGCCUCACCGCCGAUACUGGUGUCGGACAUCAGGUUGUGAGUGGUGUACAGGAAGUGACAUCAUUCCUGAAUAUCCUGUCUUCGCUGCUUGACCGCCAUUAUCUGCGGGAGGAGUGGGAGAAAACGUUGUUACAGCAAUCGGUGCUCGAUGUCAGGAGGUCUCCGAGGAGUAAUACAUCUGUAAAAAGCCGAGGAAGCUCACGACUUGAGGAGCAUGUCCCAAACUACAUCAGUACGAUCAAGUCCAUGUUUGCGUAUGCUUAUGUUUGGGGCUUUGGAGGCAUUCUCAGUGACAAACAUGUGCACAAGUUUGAUGAGCUGGCCAGGGAGAGUCUGUAUCGCGCUGCUCAUCCGGUCAGUAUACCAAGGUCUGGCACAGUGUACGACUACCAUGUGGACUUUAAGACCGGAGCCCUGGUCAAGUGGGAAUUCAAGCAGGACAGCAAGGGUCGCAGCGGGUCACAGUUCAUAGCAACAGCAGAGUCUGAGCGAUAUGGUUAUCUAGUCGAGCUACUGCUGAACAGCAAUCACCCGGUCCUACUCAACGGUGCCCCAGGAGUUGGCAAGACAUCCCUUGUAGAGAGUGUUGUGCAGAACAAACACCAGUUUACUCGAGCCAUCAUGAGUCCAGGUUUGACCCCGGCAUCGCUCCAGAAUCUCAUCACCAUGCACGUGAAUGACCUUCGUCAGAGGAGAGGUCAACCGACGUUACCAGGUUUAUCGUCAACAAGGUCAACAUCUCACCAUUUGUUCUUUUUGGACGACUUGAACACCGCCACCAAGAAUCAUGGGACAGGAUGCCAGCCACCUUUAGAGCUCUUGCGCCAGCUGCUGACGUAUAAGGGAAUAUUUGACACCGAGAGGAAAGUCUUUAUUGACCUCCAUGAGGCGGCCAUCUUGGCUGCCUGUACAAACCCGGGAACUCCAGGCAGCGGGUGUGGCACGUCUGCUCACAUUCUGCCGCCACGCCUUGCAAGACUCUUCACCACCGUCACUGUGAUGACGCCGUCUGACGAAGGCCUCCAUAAUAUCUACGGGAAAUGCAUUCGUUUAUGGUUGGAGGAGUUCCCCACAUAUUCAGUCGAACAUCAUGGAGAGUUUGCUAAGGCUAUGAUGCAAGGCAUAAUCGACCUCUACAAGUUGAUCCAAGCCCAGUUCCGGCCGACCCCAGCUCAGGCUCACUACAUGUUCUCACUGCAUGACCUUGCACAUGUCGUCCAGGGUAUACUAUUGAUGUCACCAAGGUCAAGGUCAACGCUAAAGAGCAAGAAGAAAGUGGGAAAAAAAGCAUCCAGCUCAAAGCGCGUGAAUCACCAAGUGAGCACGAUGUCUGCCGCCACAGAUUUGUCAGAAACACAGAUGGAGAAACCCCCCAUGAUGCGUGUCAUUGCUCGCUUAUGGUGUCAUGAGGUCACGCGGACCUUUGGUGAUCGUCUGACUACAGCGGAGGAUGCUGAUUGGUUCAAGGCAACGCUCCACGAGGUUGUGAACUCUCAUUUCUGUUCCACACCGGAGGACAUGUGGAAGAGUGAUCUGAUGGCAUCAAUUAGAGAGGAGACACAUUCACAGCUUCUGACCCCACUACAGAAGUCGACUACUCCAGGCAGAGAUACCCCAGCCUCAGGUCUGACAACUCCCUCGCAGACGGCAGAGGGCAUCAAAGUCCCCACACCUCCACCAGGUGCCAAACCAAGGAAACUAGACUCUCCAGACAGUGGUCCACGCUCCGUCCAUUCACAAUCUGGAGCAUCAUCCUCCCUCUCGUCUCACGAGUCAGAAAUUAUGGUAAAACCUGGCUCUGCUCCAGUUCACUCGGACAGUAAGAGAUCUCCUGUCCCAGACACUGUUUUGCAGCAUACCAAGUCUGAAACAGGCAAGGGGACAGCAGAGGCAAAGAUGUCUGAGGCCGGUAAAGGUGUGUCAGAGGCCAGUAAAGGGGUACCUGAAUCUGAAAAGCAGACAUCAACAGAACCCGAAGAAAGUACGGAAACUGAGACGACCUCUAAAGAAUUGGAGACUAGUGAGACAGAUAAACCAACAGAGAUCACGACAGAUGUUGAGUCAUCCGCAAAGACAGAAGAAGGUUCCCGUCCGCCAGUGCAAGGGGUUGGUUCUGCACGGAGCGUCAAGUUUGACCAGAAGACUUCCGGAGGUGACAAGUCUGAGCAGAUGCCAGAGGGUAACGAUGAUGAAGAUGAUGAUGAUGAAACUGAGAGUAGUGAGGAGUCCGAGACAGAGAGUGAAGAUAGUGAUGAUUCUGUUGAUAUGACCAGCGGUGAAGUCAAGGCUCAACUUGAACUCAUCAGAACCUCAAAACUACAAGAAAUUAAUAAGCCAGGCACACCAGGUCAUUUAUCCAUUCGCACUGGGAGUUCAGAUUCAAUAGGUGGCAAGGGAACGUUACAAGCUUCGUCAUCAAGUUUACGGAGUACAUCAACAGGUGGCGGCAUCAGGCGUGGCCGGCGCGGUGUCACAUUCAAGAGUGGACUCGUUUCUGAUCGAGAUGAUGAAGAGUUCCUCGGCCCUCUGUUUUCAAUGGAUCAGAUCAAGGACAGCCAUGAAGAACUCACGGGGUUCCUCUUCAACAAGAGCAUAUUGACGUGUUACACAGAAUCUACAAGACAAUCAGUCGAGAAAGGUUACGUUGAAGUAACUACUGAGCAGCUAGAGAAAGCCCUGAAGGUCUGCCUGGGUGUUUACAAUGAAGGAACAUUGCAGAAACUAGACCUCGUUUUCUUCCAAGAGGCUGUAGAACAUAUCACCCGGCUGAGUCGAGUUUUGACCAUGCAGAGUGGCAAUGCGUUGGUGCUUGGUGUGAGUUACAGCACGGGGCGAGCCACCAUGACAAGGCUGGCAGCCUAUAUUGCAAAAUGCAAGUUAUUCGAACCCAAACCACAACAGGCGUCCGCCAAUAACAGAGAGGUGACACGUGAAAUGAUCAAACUGUGUUGUCAGUCUACCAGCCUUCAGGGGCGUCCAUCAGUGCUUCUCAUUCAUGAGGACCUUGGCGAGGAGAGCCUGCUUGACGUCUGUUCACUCAUGAGUGAAGGUACCUGCCCCGAUUUGUACUCGCCUGAAGAACUCCAGGACAUAGUGGUACAGAUGACGCCAGGCUCGAUACCAACAAAGAGAGUUGACAAGAUUGAGCAGACGUUUGAAAAGUUCCGUAAACGCGUUCAACAGAAUCUGCAUGUGGUCGUCUGCUUAAGUUACACAGGCUCAAGCUACCAGUCUUUACAUGAUAAACUGAAGAAGUUCCCAUCACUGAUCAAGAACUGUUGCAGUGUUGACCUCUACCAGCCGUGGUCACGUCAGGCUUUUGUAAAGAUCGCUCACCAGUGGCUCCUGGACAGAUCUGCGUCAAUUAAGAUCCCCUGGUCAAGAGAGCCAGGCCAUGAUCAGAUGAGACAUGUCAGCCACGCCAUGUCAUAUAUCCACGAGUCUGCACGGUUAGUGGUUGAGAAGCAGUAUAGCCACAUGAGGGAGCCACUGAGGUCUGUCACGCCGCUCACCUUCAUGGAGCUCACACAUCUGUUCCGUGUGAUCACAGCAUGUCUUGUCAAGUCAGAACAGGCGAACAUCGACAAGCACAAGCGAGCCCUCAAGGAGAUCGAUGUAGCUCAGGCAAAGAUCACAAGUUUGACAAAAAGUAAGGCCAAACUCCGUCCGAAGCUCGAGGCAGCCAAUGAAGCUGUGGAAGGCCACGUCAAAAAGGUUGAAAAAGACAGGGUGUGUUAUAUUGAGGCGCUAGAGAAGUGUCAAGCUGAAGAGAAAAAGCUCGAGAAGAUGAUGGGUCCACUGUCAAGUCUCAAAGAGAGCGCACAGGCAGAAUUCAACAGGAAAGUGCAAUACGAGCAGAUCAACCCCAUCUACUAUGCCGCCCUCAACGCCAUGAAGCACCUCAGCAUCAGUGACUUUGCGGAGAUUAAAUCAUUCAAUGCUCCACCUGAAGUUGUCAAGGAGGUCGUUGAUAUGAUCUGCGUCAUGUUUGAAAAGCCUCCCAAUUGGGAAACUGGCAAACUUCUCCUGCUGAACGAAGGCUUCUUCAACGAGUUAGAAUUCUAUGACAAAGACAACAUCCCACCUCACAUUUAUAACGAAAUGUGCAAAUUUGUUGAAAACCCACGCUUUUCCAUUGAUGCAGUUAGAUGUGUCAACAAGGCCACGUCUGCCUUGACAUCUUGGAUUCACUCCAUCUAUCAUUACGCUAUGAUAAGUCAGGCCAUGAAACCGAGGCUUGCAAAGUUACUGGAUGCGGAAGGCGACACGAAAAAGGCACAAGCUGCUCUCGGUGCCAAGAGGAUUGAAGCGUCCAAAUCACGAGGAUCCCUGGAGCAGAGGAUUCAAGCCCACAAAGAGGCUGUCAAGCAGGCUAAGGGAAUCGAGAAACAGAUAGCGAAACUUGAUCAACAAAUCCAGGCGGCUGACGACCUGAUGGAGCAGAUGGAGACUGAGAACAUAUUGUGGAAGGAAGAGCUAGCUUCGUCAGAGCAGAAGAUACAGACAGCAGUCGGUGAUGCUCUCAUCGCUGCAGCAUCCAUCUGCUACUUUGGUCCGCUCGACAGCGAAAACAGAGCAAAUCUUUUAUCUGAUUGGUUGGCUAGGUGCGAGGCGGGCAACUUCGACGUGAAAACCUCCUCAAAGGUGACGCGGUCUGUUUCUCGGUCGACAAAAUUAGAUGUGAUUUUGAAGCCAUCGUUGGAGAGGAAAGUUGGCGGGGAAACGUCUGAUGGUUCGAAACUGGAUCAGAAUCAGAAUCGUACGAUCACAGAAUCUGGGAUGGAGAUGUCAUCAACAGAUACAUGUAUUCCCCAACCUGUUCUACCAACUCGGACUGUCUUUUGCUUGGAGGAUAUUUUCAGUUCAUUUGAGGAACAAUGCCAAUGGAGACUGAAACAUAUGCCAACAGAUCUCCACGCGGUGCAGAAUGCACUGAUUAUGCGGGCAUGUUGUCAGAAUCGUUACCACGUCUGGCCUUUGUUGAUUGACCCGGAUCGCCAGGCAAAGAAGUGGGUGGAGAUUCUUCAGAAGGGCAAGAGUCGGAUCCGAGAGAACCUCUUGACGCCAGUAAACAUGACGACGAAUGCUUCUCCGAGUGGCCCAUUGAUGCCUGGGAUCAGUUAUGAGGAUGUACCCCCCAGUCGAGGAACUGCGAUCACCGCAUGCACUGAUAUGUCAGAUUAUUCUUUGGGUGAAUCAAUCUCAUUGACCGAAUCUUCUUCAAAUUUCAAAAGCCAAGCCGCCCCAACAACUCCUCGGGUUGAGGAUCUGCGUCCCGUGACAACCCUCAUGCAGGGCACACUAUCCGAGCUGCACAUCGACGAGGAAUUCACACAUCCUCCCGACAAUCUCUGGGUCGUGGAAGCAGAUGACCAGAGCCUUGAUGGUAAAAUGAUCAACGCCAUCGUAUAUGGUGUCACUGUCUUAGUCACAAACUUGGAACGAAAGCCCCUUGACCCAUUAUUCAGAACUAUACUACUACGCCAGUUCACCGUUAAUGAAUCUGGUGAGAAAGUUGUACGUGUUGGCGAGCGGGAGUUUGUGUAUCAUCCUGAUUUCUGCCUCUACUUGAGUACCUCCGUGCCACUCUACAUCACUGGCGAUGGAAUCGGCAAAUUGCCGCUGCAGAAAAUGUGUGUGAUUGACUUGACGAUCAGUCCCGAAGGGAUUACGCAGCAACUCUUGGCCGCGACGUUGAAAUAUGAAAAGCCGGAGUUUGCUGGACAGGAGAGGUCGUUGGUGAGCGACAUCAUUCAUCAGAAAUAUGACAUCGCUGCUGAACAUGAUAAAAUCAUGGAGAAGACAUUAGGAUUAGAAUCACCGUUACUCGAUGACCCUACCAUGUUAGAAUCACUUCUCAACUGCCAAGAAAACACUGAGAAAUGUGCACUAAUGCUCGACGAGACAGAGUAUCUCCAAGAACAAUUAGAAGACAAGGAAUCUCUCUACAUCCCAGUUGCUGAAAACGGCAGCAUGGUCUACCGGAUGCUGAGAAAUAUGGCCGCUCAGAACGCAUUGUAUCAUAUCCCGUCAGGGCUGUUUGUGAAGAUCUUUGCUGAGACUGUGGAGUUGCACCAGCGUGGCAAGUUUAGCACAGGUGUACCAAAGGGACGCACUCGAGAACUAACUGAUGCAACCACAGCUGCCAUCUUCAAAUUUGCCUCCAUGUUGAUGUCCGAGUCUGAUGCCCAGUUAUUUGCCUUGAUGAUAACCAUAGAAACCAUGAAAUCCCAGGCGAAAUUGACACAUGAGGAAUAUGGCUUGUUUGUUAAUGGUUUAGAUGGUGUUGCGGCUCCCAAUGAUCAGAAAGAGGAGGAGAGACCUGAUUGGUUGACUCAAAAGUGCUGGCUUGAUUGUCUGAAGUUGGAGUCCAUCUGUGGCCAACUACAAGGUUUACCAGAGUCUCUCACAAAUCACUCAACACCGUGGAAGGAAUACUUCAAGCUUCCAGUCGCCCUGAUGAAUUGUGUAGCAGACGACAAGUUCCUCGAUCUCUCAAUCUUCCAGAAGGUUCUGGUGUGGAAAUUCUGUUGUCCACAGAGGCUCUUUGACGUCUGCCAGGCACUGGUUCUGCAUCAGCUCGGAGGUAAUGCUCCGCAGUCUGAUAACUAUGACGUCCGGGAUAUCUACCCAAUGACCGCUUGUAAUGUUCCUGUGGUGUUCGUGAUGCCCCCUGGUGGUGAGGAUGUGAGAGAUGGCUACUCCCUCGUUAGUCCAGCCAUUGCCAUCCAGCAAUACGCCAAAGAAAACAAACUCUCCAGCCGUGUGAAGGUGCUAAACUUUGGGACGUCUGCUGCUAUGGAGGAAGCGAAGAAGAUGCUGGAGUUUUGUAUGGAGUCAGGCGAUUGGUUGGUUCUGCAGAACACACAUCUUGUGGAGGCGUGGUCACAAGAUGUGUUGAAGUUAAUCAGGAAUGUUAUAACAUCAGAAAGUCGCCCUGAAAGCUCUGCCAACCUUGAAGUAUAUGAAAUGGAGUCAGUGGCUAGCAACAAGAGUGCAGUGGAUGAUGGGAAAUCUAUGAUGGGAGUAUUGAUUGACAGCACAAUCGACAUUCAUCGGGACUUCCGACUCUGGGUGGUUGGUAGGACGGAUACUGGGACCAUGUUACCAGGAGUUAUAACCCAAUACAGCCUAAAAGUGAGCACAAAGCUUUCACAUUCGCUGAAAAAUAUACUUCAGCGUUACUACGCCAUGACAGAGAAGGCUAUCACAACAUGGGAGAAAGCAUACCAGGACCCAACAUUGACUGCUAAUUUGAAGAAGUUCCACCUGCCACUGACAAUCUUACAAUCAGUUCUGCUUCAUCGCCGUGCGUACGGGAACAUCGCAUUCAGUCAUGCCAUGGACUGGUCACAUGGCGACUUUGUCACGGCACUUCUGCUCCUCAAACAGUUGGUACUGAUCACAAACGAGAGUGAGGGUAUCGUUGACUUGCUGAAACUGGUUUAUGGUGGUCCCAGUAUCGAUGGAUGCGACAAGAAAGUGAUAGAGGCUGUGAUUGCUCAGAUUGUCCACAAACAAAUUGCUCCGACACAGAAAGUGACCGAUGAACUGCCCACUGAUCUUCCAUCCCUGCUGAGUUACCUGGAGCCAACGGAAGAGGAGACAUUCUCUAAGCGAUUAGAGGAAUUAGUUGAAGUCAGUAGCGCUACCUUGGGUCUGUCUAAGUUGUCAGGACACCUAUUGUGUGCCAAUAGAAGCAGAGCCUUGGCAGAGGAUAUCAAGAAUCUGGUGGGUUCCUCGCAAACUCUUCGAAGAUCAGACGCAGAAAGUCAAAUAAUCAAAGACAUUCUCAAGCAAAUAGAAAAUCUCCCUGAAUUACCUCCAACAACACGAGAUCAUCUAUAUCCAUUGGAGAUCAUGUUACACUACGAGGUUGAGUCGUACAAAACACUCCUUUCGACUAUCCAAUCAGGUCUGACGUUGUUAGAUUUAGCAACACAAGGAGCAGUGGCGCUGUGUCAGGAACAAGAGGAAUUAUACAAGACUAUCUCACAGAAUGAUGUACCAAAAUCUUGGGAAGCUGACACAUUUCCAUCCGGUCUCAGCCUCGACAAAUGGCUGUAUCAUUUGGAGCAGAGAGUCGAACUGAUUACUGUCUAUGCUAAGAAUCCAGGAGCUGUUGCAGUGUUUGACUUGGCUGUAUUCCGCCGCCCGGACAAGUUCAUCCAAUGUAUCUUACAGAACCAUUCACGCAAGUCAUUCAGGGAUCUGCACACCUUUCGUCUUGAAGCUCAGUUCCUACCAAUGAGCAGUAAACCGUUCCAGCCACCAACAUCUGGCGUCUACGUCACCAACUUGCAGUUACACAAUGCAUCAUGGGAUGGCAUUCGUUCUGUUUUGAAAGACCAACCUGCAGAUCAGGAUGACCCAAGGAACAUGCCGACAAUCUGGCUCAAACCAGUCGAAAUUACAGACGAUUACAUUGAACAAAAACACAAUUUCUACGACUGCCCCAUUUAUUUGGGCGGUAAAUCAGGACAGCUGUUAUCUAAAAAUGUGGUGACGCAUUUGAAACUACAGACAGCAGCACCUCCCAUGAAAUGGGAAACAAAGCGUGUGUACAUGUCUUGUGAUUUGAACUAACGGUCUGUGGUCACUCUCCAAAAAUGUAUGGAAGCAGACAUUAGAAAGCUUGGUGAGAAUCCAUGUCGGGCAAUUUGAAUAGUUUAUUAUCUGUGAUUUUAGUCUUUGACUAUGGUGUAUAUAGAUAUGCAUAUUGUGUAUAUUUUGUAACUUAUCAUGUAUAUAUUGUCAUAGAUUUAUUUGAGUUGAUGUUCUAAUGCCCUGUGAUACACAUUUGAUGUUCCGUCCAUUAAACAAAAUGUACAAAAAUUCCACCCAACACUAUUUACAAGAUUCUUUAAUAUAUAAAACCCCCCGAGUGUAUAACAUAUCAGGUUCUGUAAAAAGCUGCUUGUGGUUUUUUUAAAAGUGAUUGCUGUUAUCCGUCCAACUGAACAUGGAAAGCACUUCUGCCUUCAAUUGAUAUGUAGAAUGAUCCCAUAUAUCAUUAAGAUGACCAUGUUCAAUGGUCCAUUGUGUGUUUUUUGCCCUUUUAAAUGAGUGCAGUGACACUACUUGAAUAUGUGGAAGUGGUGUAAAUAUCGUUAUUUGAUGUUGCAGCAAUUGACAAUUUUCAAAACGACAUAUUCCAUAUGAGGUUUGAGUCUUACUGCAGAUGAUUCCUUGUUUAUUUUUGAAUAAAGAUUA